UGUUUUAGUCGUAUGUGGCAUUCGAAAUUCUGCUCUCCCAGUGGAAGCAAGUCAAAAUAUAAGUAAGUUUGUUUUUAAGCCCAAUACAUCCCCAAAUUAGGGAGCCAAAACACGAGACAAGAAGGAUGCCACGCAGAAACAAGAGCACUGCGGCAAAGGCGCACUCCACCAGCCAUCUGCCGGUGGUGCAGCCCGCCAAGAAGGACUCGGUGGUGCGAAGCGCUGGUGGCGCCUUCAGGGAUGUGGCCGCUCAUGCUGCGGGCGUGGCAGCUGGUUCGGCGGUGGGUCAUGCAGUGGGCGCUGGCAUCAUCGGUUUGUUCCACGGCCCCAAGGGCCAAGUCAAGCACAGUGACCUGGUCCAAGACGGUCCUUGCGCCUUCGAGAUGAAACAGUUCCUCAAGUGCACCGAGGAAAACGCCGAUCUGAAUGUGUGCAAGGAGUUCAACGAUGCUGUCCGCAAAUGCCAUCAUCACUAUAAUUUGUAGGGUGGAGAAAUAUUUUCUGGGAAAUCAGUUGCCAUUAACAGAUUUUGGGGCAAAAUAAAUUUGAUUUGCUUUGUUUUUGAAAGUCA